AAAGAUUAUCCAGGGAACUGUUUUCUCCCUUCCUUUUCACUGGGAACUGCCUAAGCACAGAGUGCAAGCUCUAAUAUGCUCAUUCAUGUCUCCCUAGCAGUCAGCUCAACCAGGAAGUAGCUGUUACCUCAGGCUGAACAGUGUCUCGAGCUGCUGGUGUUGUCGCAGCCCGUCCUAGUGAGUGUACUGGGCACUGACAUUUUAGGGUCCCACAAUGAUAACGCUUCUUUUGAUAAAUAAAGAAUUACAGUAGUCUACCAAUGGCUCAGUCGAAGGAACAGAGAAUUUUGGAGUUUGUACAGGAAAAUGCAGUUAAAGGUGACCCCCAGAGCGUGGUGGACAACAUCGAUAACUACUGCAGCCAAAAAGAAUGGGCUAUGAAUGUGGGAGAUGAAAAAGGCCUGAUUCUGGAUAAAGUGUUCAAAGAGACAAAUCCAACCACGGUUCUGGAACUUGGCACAUAUUGUGGGUAUUCUGCCACCCGGAUGGCUCGGCUACUGAAGCAGGGCGGUCGUCUGCUUACUGUGGAGAUGCAACCAGAGCAUGCUGCCGUUGCCAAGCAGAUGAUAGAGUUUGCUGGCGUUCAAGAUAAGGUAGAGAUUCUGGAGGGCUCCACAGAGACAAUCAUCCCAAGUCUAAAAACAAAGUAUGGCGUGGGUCAGGUGGACUUCGUAUUCAUUGACCAUUUCAAAAACUUUUAUACAGAUGACACUAAGUUACUGGAGGAAUGUGGCUUACUCAAGAAGGGAUCUGUGUUACUAGCAGACAACGUGGUGUAUCCUGGGGUUCCAGAAUUCCUUAAAUAUGUCAGAACAAGUGGACGCUAUGACUGUACUAACUACCCAUCUCAUGUGCAGUACUCAGGGGAGUUGGAUGCCUUGGAAAAGGCAGUUUUUAAGGGCUAUUAAUACAGAACCAGAAGAUACUCUGUAACCAUAUUGUAUAAAAAGAUAAAGGAGGAAAAAAGAAAUUGUGAAAAAAAAAAAAAAUUAGAUUUUCACUGACACUUUUGUAUUGUUAAAUAAACAAUGUAAAUC